AUGUGGGGGACUCCGGGCCCGGCGGUGCGGAGCAUCCGUCCCUACCCGACCAGCCAGCAGUACCUGUACGCCAUGAAGGAGGACCUGGCGGAGUGGCUGAAGGAGCUGUAUGACCUGGACAUCGAGGUGGGCACCUUUGUGGAGGUGCUGGAAACGGGGGCUGUGCUCUGCUCCCACGCCAACAACGUCACCCAGGUGGCCGGGGAGUUCGCCCGCACCUACCCUGACGUGGCCCAUCACCUCCACCUGCCCACUGCCGGUGUCACCUGCAACAUCACAGCACAGCCAGGCACCUUCCAGGCCAGGGACAACGUCUCCAACUUCAUCCAGUGGUGCAGGAAGGAGAUGGAUAUCAAAGAUGUGCUGAUGUUUGAGACGGAGGACCUGGUGCUGAGGAAGAACGAGAAGAACUUCGUGCUGUGCCUGCUGGAGCUGGCACGUCGCGCCUCCCGCUUCGGCAUGCGCGCCCCGACCCUGGUGCAGAUGGAGGAGGAGAUCGAGGAGGAGCUUCGCCAGGAGCUGGACCUGCCCCCCACAGACACCCCCCUGCCCCGGCCCCCCAGGAAACCACGGGACCUCAACAACCUCGACCAGAUGGUCCAGCACCUGGUGAGCCGCUGUACCUGCCCUGUCCAGUUCCCCAUGAUCAAGAUAUCCGAAGGGAAAUACCGCGUGGGCGACUCCGACACCCUCAUCUUCGUCCGGAUCCUGCGGGAGCACGUCAUGGUGCGGGUCGGGGGCGGCUGGGACACGCUGGAGCACUACCUGGACAAGCACGACCCGUGUCGCUGCACCUCCCUCUCUCACAAACAAGCCUGGAAAACCAGGAGCCCGCAGCAGCAAGUGCAGCACGAGGUCUGGCUGUGCCCGGCCUUGAAGGCGGCCGCCCCCCGUGGUCCUCAGCCCACGCUGCUGGUCAGCCGCUCCCAGAGCCCCCUGCCCCCCGUCACCUGGGGGUCCCGUGUCCCUCCUCGCCCCCAGUCCCCUGCCACCCCCUCGGGUCACCCACAGGGUGCCAGCCCUCGCCGGGAGCCAGCACAGCCCCGGAGGGUCCCUUCGGGCAGGUAGCCACCACCAUCCAGGGCUCCUGCUCGACCCAGCUCCCCUGGCCACGGGGUGACGGGCCGGGCACCCACCCCUUCCCGGCUGACCUUGCCAAACGGUGUGGGGGUCCCUAAGGCACCACAUGGCAGCACCCCAGGGAAAACCCCCUUGGCAUCGGCACGGGGCAGGUCCACAACACCCAGCCCACGAGUGACACCAGCACGUCCAAGAAGCACCCAGCAAGGAGGAGAAUCACCUGUGGUGGCUGCCAGGCCACAGGAAACAGGAGCGCCCACCACAGUGACACCCCGUGCCCCCAGCCCCUUCAAGGGCUGUGCCCCCUCCUCACACCGAGGUGCCCAGGGAGACUCACAGAGACGGAAAAGCCCACGGGAAGGGAAACGGGGAGCCCUGAGCCAGGGUCAAUCCCCCUCACCCCGAAAUUCCUCCAGCCAGCCCCCAAAACAGAACUGCAGCGUUAAAACCCCCAUCAAAGCCAGCCCGGCCACCUCCCGGCCCUCCACCCCUCUGGCCCAUUUUGCUGAGGGAUGCAAAGUCUGUGCUGCUGGGGGUGGUCCCCAGGGGACACAGCAGUGCCACCCAGCCCUGAACCCAAGGGCUGGGGGUGCUGAGGGACCUGGGGUGCCAGGGGAUGAACCGAGGGGAGCCUGUGGCCCUGGUGAUGGGAGCAAGAGUCCUCGGGGGUGCUGGGGGCACAGACAGCCCCCCGGCUAUGACAGGGUGGUGGAGGAGCUCUCCCGCAGGCAGCAUCCCCUGUGCCCUGUGGGGCUGGGGAGACAGGUCCCCAAAACACCGCCACGAGCUGCCCCACAGCCCACCACCCUCCCAGUCAAGGGGGAAGCAGAGGGGCUGGGAGUGGGGUCCCAGACCCCGCAAGGAGUGAGGGCCAACAACGUCCCCAAGCCCCGGCGGUGUCUGAAGAAGCCUGAGCGUGUGCCCUCCAUCUACAAGCUGAAGCUGCGGCCCAAGGUGCGUCCCCGGCGGGACCACAGGCCAGGCAAGCGCCCCUCGCGCAUCCCCACCCCGCUGGGGCAUCGCCCACUUGCCCACCGGGGCCAGCAUCGCCCCCCGGGGCCGCCCAGACCCCCCCCGCCCGGCAGCACACGCCCCCCGGCCAAGCCCUCCCCAGCCGACUGCAGCGCCUGGCUGACCGAGGAUGAUGAGGAGUCCUGGGUCUGA